GGGUGGCGGGGAAUAGCUGUAGAGGCCAUUAGGGCGCCAUCUGCGGUCAAGUUGAGAGUGUUCUCCGUUCGAUCUAGUGAUGGCCCAGCAGCUCGCCCGGGAGCAAGGCAUCACCCUGCGUGGGAGCGCAGAAAUCGUGGCCGAGUUUUUUUCAUUUGGCAUCAACAGCAUUUUGUAUCAGCGUGGCAUUUAUCCGUCGGAAACCUUUACUCGAGUGCAGAAAUAUGGACUCACCUUGCUUGUAACUACUGACCCCGAGCUCAUAAAGUAUCUCAAUAAUGUGGUGGAGCAGCUAAAAGAGUGGCUGUUCAAGUGCUCAGUUCAGAAACUGGUGGUGGUCAUCUCAAAUAUUGAAAGUGGUGAAGUCCUUGAAAGAUGGCAGUUUGAUAUUGAGUGUGACAAAACUGCAAAAGAGGAAGGUGUUCGCAGAGAAAAGUCCCAGAAAGCCAUACAGGAUGAAAUCCGUUCAGUGAUCAGACAGAUUACAGCUACUGUGACAUUUCUGCCACUGUUGGAAGUUUCUUGUUCAUUUGAUCUGCUGAUUUACACUGACAAAGACUUGGUGGUACCUGAAAAGUGGGAAGAAUCAGGACCCCAGUUUAUUACCAAUUCAGAAGAAGUCCGUCUACGAUCAUUUACGACCACAAUCCACAAAGUGAAUAGCAUGGUGGCCUACAAAAUGCCUGUCAGUGACUGAAGAGAGAGACGGUUCAUUUGUCUGCUGAUUUACACUGACAAAGAUUUGGUGGUACUUGCAACGUGGGAAGAAUCAGGACCCCAGUUUAUUACCAGUUCUGAAGAAGUCCGUCUACGCUCAUGGAAUGUUGGAAGAAUCAGAACCCCACAUUUAUGACCACAACCCAUAAAGUGGCCUACAAAACCCUGUCAGUGACUGAAGAGAUGGUGCACAAACCAUCCCCCACCACAUAAUACCUUCUGCUGUAUUUAUAUUUAGAUGCUUUUUUAUAUCUUGGUCAAUAUUCUUCCGGGCUAAAUCAUUAGGCAAAGUAUUUAGUUUUUAACAGAAGUUUUUCUAUGUACAGUGACCAUUUUUAAAGGAAUUCAUUCUGCAGUGAAUUUGUUGGUUCCCCUUAAUAAUGUGCAGCACUCUUGUUGAUUCUAUGGUAAGUCCAGGAGGAACCCAAGGAAUGCAACAAUAAGAUACAUUUCUCUUUAUAUAGACCCCAUAUUGAAAUACAUGCUAAAUAUUUGAUUUUGGUGUAUAUAUCUUGAACUCACAAAGCAGUUGCACUGUUUAAUUUCUGUAAUAAAGAACUCUUAAUGUUUUAUAAAAAAUCAAGCUUUAAAUGAUAGUGAUUAAAAAAAAAACCCUUGUGUUUUAAAUUUGUGUUACAGUAUAUUUGAUAUUUAGUUUCAUAAUACAGUCAGAUACUUCAAUGGAUUGAGUGCAUGGAUUGUAUUCAUUUUGAUUAUGUGAUGGGGAUGGUUUUGUGCACUGUAAAUUCAGAUGCUGAUUGCUGUGCCCAGAGAUCCUAUUGCAGUCCUGAUGCUGCUGUUGUCAUGACAGUAGACCAGUAGUAGCAUAGCUGGGUUAGAAUACAUGAGAACACUGCCCAGUUAUGGCUCAAGAAGCUUGAAAUAAAAAUACCAUGUCUCUGUAUCACUUAU